GGGGGGCUAGUGGGCAUGGGCAGCAGGGGCACCCAUGUUUCGGGGAGCUGUGUCCAUCCCGGUGUACCCCCACAGCUGGAGCCGAACGUGGCACGCGUGGGGCGCGUGGCAUCACGGCUGUGCCAGGAGCUGCGGCUGGCACGGCCGCCCGUGUGCCGCCAGGCCGUGCAGCUGUUCCAGCGCGACGUGGUGGCGGCCUGGGCGCGCUCAGUGCUGCGCCCACCUGAGGCCUGCGGGCUCCUGCUGGGCCCCCGCUGCGGCCACUGGGACAUCCUGGGCGCCUGGAACCUGUCCCUGCCCGCCGCCCCCAAGCCGCCGGUGCAGCCCCCCCUGCCGCCGCCGCCCGGUGCGCCCACCGCCCGCAUCCUGUUCCUCACUGACCUGCACUGGGACCGCCAGUACACGCCCGGCAGCGCUGCCGCCUGCCCCGACCCGCUGUGCUGCCGCGGGGCCCCCCACGACGGGCCGGGGGCCGCGGGGUUCUGGGGCACCUAUGGCAAGUGCGACCUGCCCCUGCACACCAUCGACGCGCUGCUGGCACAGCUCCCCAACGCCAGCAGCCACACCAGCGACGGCUCCGGCGACGCCAGUAACGGCACCGGAGGGUUCGCGGCCGCGUACUGGACCGGGGACAUCCCCGCGCAUGACGUGUGGCAGCAGAGCCGCGGGGACCAGCUGCGGGCGCUGCGCACGGUGACGGCCCUGCUGCGCGCCCGCCUCGGGGGGCUGCGCGUCUUCCCGGCCGUGGGCAAUCACGAGGCCACCCCGGUGAACGCCUUCCCCCCGCCCUACGUGCGUGGGAACCAGUCGGCCGCCUGGCUCUACGACGCCAUGGCCGAGGCCUGGCAGGGCUGGCUGCCCCCCGCCGCCCUGCGCACCCUGCGGGCCGGUGGGUUCUACACAGCGCAGGUCUGGCCUGGGCUGCGCCUCGUCUCCCUCAACAUGAACUUCUGCUCCCAGGCCAACUUCUGGCUCCUCAUCAACGCCACUGACCCUGCGGGGCAGCUCCAGUGGCUCAUGGGGGUCCUGGCAGAUGCUGAGCGUGAUGGGGAGAAGGUGCACAUCAUUGGGCACAUCCCCCCGGCCCACUGCCUGCACAGCUGGAGCUGGAACUACUACCGCAUCAUCAGCAGGUUCGAGGGCACCAUCGCAGCACAGUUCUUCGGGCACACACACCUGGAUGAGUUUGAGCUGUUCUACGAUGAGGAGACGCUGUCACGCCCUGUCUCCAUCGCCUUCGUGGCACCGAGUGUCACCACCUACAUCAACCUCAACCCUGGGUACCGCGUGUACGAGGUGGCCGGUUCCUACCCCGGGAGCUCCCACGCAGUGCUGGACCAUGAGACCUUCAUCCUGAACCUGACGGAGGCCAACGCGGCCCCCCCGGGGACGCCCCCCCGCUGGCAGCGGCUCUACAGCGCGCGCGAGGCCUACGGGCUGCCCGCGGCCUUCCCGGCCGACUGGGACCUGCUGGUGCGGCGGCUGCAGGACGACGAGCGGCUCUUCCAGCGCUUCUGGUUCCACCUGCACAAGGGGCACCCUCCCCGCGAGCCCUGCGGGGGCCCCUGCAAGGCCGCCCUGCUCUGUGCCCUGCGCUCCGGCCGCGCCGGCGACCCCGCGCUCUGCCGGCCCCUGCGCCCCGCCCUGCCCUUCCCACGCAUUCAGGAGCUCUGGCGACAGCGGCAGCUCUGCUGACACGGUCACACUGGGAGCGGGGUUGGAGUCAGCACAUGGUCACACUGGGAGUGGGGCCGGGAGCGGGGUCGGCACAUGGUCAUGCCAGGACUGGGUUCGGUACUGGCACGUGGUCCUCGCAUCUCACCAGAUGCACAAUAAAGGCACAGUGGGCCCCACUA